AUGACACUCAAAUUAGAAGCUACGAGGAACCCCACAUCUUUUUUAGAUGAGUCCAGAAAGAGGAACCUUUUCAACUUCAAGCUCUCGACUUCGUUGUUCCUGGCUAUAAUCUUAUGUGGACAGGUGUUGGUGAUGGCCUUACCGCUUCCUUCACCAUCUUUCAAUGUGGUAUCUUCUUUGGCUGAAGUGUCGAGUAAGAAUCAUGCUGUUGGGAUCAAGGAUGCAACCAAAGGUUUGGAUACUGUCAAGUCUACUGAACGUGUUUUGGUUUCCCCAAGAGAACAUUCAUUCAGAGACCUUGGCGUUGAAGACGCCGUAAAUCUGGAUUCUAUCAAAUCUGCGGAAGAUGCUUUGAGAACCAAGAAAAUCUUAGACCCAGCUUCUUCUCCAAAUCUCAAGAACUUUAGUCCUGAUACUUUGGAAUCUAAAGAUCUCCCACAGAUGGACGAUGCUUCUGGCAUUGGCAAAGAAGGUCUUUCUCUUCCAUCAUCUACAGACAAAAGCAAAUUACCGGAAAAUCAGAUACCUCCAGAAGAUUCAGACAGAUUUGGAAAACUGAAAUCAAAUAGAUUCUUGAGUUGGAUUGCGCAAUUCAAAAAUUGGAGUAAGAAAAUUGCCGAAUCUUUUUCAAAACUCAUACGACGUGUGAAAGUUAAACAAACGCCAUUAAAGGAUACAUUGCUCCAAUCAGCAAAGAAUUCCAAGCAGACAUUGGGCAAAGUGAAAACAUCAGUAAAACCCAGUCGGAUCCAAUUGAUCCAGACCGUCAUAAAGAGAUAUGCCAAAGCAUUAAAAGUCAAAUACAAAAGAUUGGUUUGGGACACUACCACCACCGCGCCCCCCUCAACCGCGACAGCAAAAGACGGCAGCGGAGCCUCACCAUAUUUCCCAAGUAGUACCAAUGCCAUAGUUAUGGAAAAACCUAAUCCAGAUGGUGGUAUCUGCAUGCGCACUGUAUAG